AUGUCAGUAAUCGAUGAGGCUGAAGCUAAGGAUAACCAGCGUUUUUUUCAAACCCAAACAGCCAUAAAUUCACGCGUAUCUGUCACACCAGGGAUAGCUUCUCCAUUACCUCGUUCUGUUCUUAAGACGUUGAGAGGCCAGACAGGUACUCAUGUUAUUAAUUCCAGUCCAAGUAUAUCACAGAAAGCUCACCUGCUUGGUUCGGUUGUAAAUGCUCCAGUACAACCAUCUACGUCCCAGUUUAGUCGUUCUUCCACACCAAAAGUUAUUUCCGGAAGACCAUCGUCUGCUAUGUCGACACAUUCAGUUUUUAAAACACUCCCAACAACGAACGAAGGGUCCAUUAUUGUAAGCGACGAUUUGCCGCAACCGAUGGCGGUGAUCUGUCGACAAAUGCAACAGCAAGAACAACAACAGAUGCGAUUAGGUGUAGCUCAACAGCAGUCUGCGUUUUCCCUUCCUCGUCCUCGUGAUUAUGAUCAGCGAGCGCAUGGAACUACAAAUCCAGUUGUAAACUUGGAUCCUCGUUACUUCAAUCCUGCUGCAUGUCGUUUGCGCCCUGUUGUGAAUCGUUCUUCUACUCCUGGGCAGCAAAUACUACCUGCUGUUGCAGCAGUGAAUAAUUCUUUGAGGUUUUCUCCGCAGACCCGAAAUCUUAUCGGUAUUGUGGAAAGUGGGGAUUCUUACCGGCCUUCUAUUAACCGUGUGAUCCCAAACUCGGCUUCUCCUUUCGAGGCGGAAGUUAGUAUAUCGUUAACACAUGAUAAGCCAGUCUCCAGCUCUUCGGCCUGCUUUUCUGAGACUGUAACGGCGUGUGACCCUUCCACUUCGUCUACGUCAGUUUUUCCCACCUCAAGUUCUUCAGGUUCUCCGCAGUUAAAUAAUUCUUUGUCGUCACCGCAUCCUGGCCCAAGCCCGCGUCCUAGUAUUUUGAGAAAAACUCGCGACCCAGCUUCAGGUUUCGAAUUAGUACCUUUAUUUUCAGUUGCAGUAUUCGUGUUGAAGGAUGAAGGGUGUACAUUUUUUGAAGGUAAUAGUGCCGCUGUGCGACGACUCGCUUUUGAUACUCCAGUUACUCGUCCAGCCUCUUGUUCAGAUAAUAUGCAGUUGUCCUCGGGGUUUAAUGACGAUCCGGCCAGUCCUCUACCCAAGUACAUGAUGUAUGACGGAAGCAGACCUUCUGGUUUAGUUUCUACGCUGGAUACUCUUUCCAGAGUGUUAUCAAUAAACGACCCUAAUGUUAGGAAUGCGCAACAAAGUCCUUUUGGGAGUUUGAACUUACCGAAAAAUGCUCUUGAGAAAGUUGGGAACAGUCCACAACGUAACUCUGAACCAGAUACUCCUCGGAAACGUAUGCGAAAGCAGAAAUUUGACUCUUCACAGGCACCGGAAAAAAUAAAAAUGGAAGUGAGCGUGCAGCUUGACGGUAAUAACGUUGAUGUUCAGAAGAACGAGGUUCCUUUGUGGAAAUUGGCACCACCAGGACAGCCAGCUUCUUCAUCACUGGGUGCUAAAACUAAUGAGAAAAGUACACGACGUCGUGGUCGGCCACGAACAGAUUCACGUGUUGAGUCUCCAGUAGUUGCCUCAACGUCCUUCGUUGAUGUGGACACAUUGACCACUGAAGGUUCUAAACCUAAGAAGACGAAAAAGCAUCAAGUGAAUGCUAAGACUUUUGUAAGCGCUGAGACGACUUUGUCAGAAAAUAUUAAUCCAGCAGGGAACACGGUGAUAGAUCUUAAUGUUUUGAAGGCAUCUGCUACUGACUCAUUGCGUAUUCAUGACGCGGAAAAUGCAACCAACAAUUUCCGGAACUUUUUCCAGACUCUACAGAGUAAUGGAAAUCAAGAGAUAAGCUCGGUAGAGGGACGGUGUAAUAAUAUUACCGUUUCACAGUCAUCUGGAGACCGUUCUGUAGCACCAAAGUUGGAUAAUGGUUUAGAGCCAGUGUGCGGAAGUAAGGGAGAUGGGUCAAAAUCAAGGCAAAGUGAAGUUUUAACGGUCGAGGCUAGGAAAGAACCGUUGUUUUUAGAUGGUUCAGAGAAUUCAUCUGACCUUAGUCCGAUUGAAAUUGGUUACACUUCUCCGACGAUCACAACAAGUAUGAUGUGCAAAAGAAAAGAAGGAGACUUCGUAAAAAAUGCUUGUCCUAUUGUUAGUGGUGCUAGUAACUCUUCUCAAACUCGUCCCCAUUUAGCUCUAAACACUUUUAAUGGGAUGAGAAAUGUUCGGUUCAACCACUUUGACAAAGUCGAAACCGUCAAGCUAGCAGAACAAAAAGUACUUUGUCUGAAAGCUGCAAAAAAGAAAUUCAAGGAACAAGAAAAAUAUAAUAUGGAGCGUAAGUUGAAAGAACGUAAGGAAAUAAAGGCGAUGCUGCUCGGGAAAGCGAAGACUUCUGGGAGUCAAGCACUUACAACUGAGUGUGUUCUGUUCAAGAAGUUUUCCGAUGUAUAUUCUGAAGCUUUGGAGGCUUCAACUUCGGAAUUUUUUGAUGAAUUAGGAAAUGUUCUUGAAACGCGAAAGUGCACUGGCUCCUUUGCAACGAAUUCGACCUCAGAGGGUUGCAGGGAGGAACUCGGGGUAUUCAGAAAUAAUUGUAUUUCUUUAUCGAGCUCAAAUACAAAUAGGGAAAUUGGGCCUUCUUUUAUUCAUCGGGAAUCUUCUUUGAAUGCUUCAUGUUCAAAACAGCCUUCCCCAUGUGAAACGAGAAACAAGGAGUAUGAAAGCACUGCGAUUGCUGAUCUUUUAAACGAACUAAUUGGUGAAGUUGCAGCUUUAGCAGCCUCUGGCGAUAUUCAUGGUGCAGCAGAUAGCUUUUUGGUACAGAGGACGGAUUUGCCAAAAGCAACAGCAAAUGGCCUUGUAGAGGAUGUUCGUAUACAUUCUGUUAAAGUAAGGAGCGAAGAAAAAUUUGCUGAAAGAAAUUCGAAAUAUUUUUUAUCUGACCAAGGUUGGGAUGAGUACAUUGGAAAAGAGUUAGAAGAAGUUGAAAGUGCCUUAAGACUGUUGGGAAAGGAUGAUGAAAAGAACGAAAUGGAUCAGAGUUUGUCAAAGCUAGCGCUGAGAAGAAUUAUCACGACAUUUGAUUCUUUGCGGCGUGCUGAGAUCAAUGAAAGCGAGGAUGUUGUUGAACUGUUAUAUAUAUUCCUAGGAUUUUUGAAAGUUUUGGACACACGUAGCUGUGAGCAACUCAACAAGGACUUUGAAUUGCUAUGCAAUGCGGACGACAGCAAAGAGGCGCGUGAAAAAAAACGUUUGAAUCUGAUCGAAACAUUUGCUGUGCAGAUUCCUAGAGCUCAUACUACGUUGAAAAAAGCGACUCCCUAUAUUGCUUCUUCCUCAACAAAUUUUCGUCCAUCUGUUGCCCUUGUGAAUGACCUUUUUGAGGUUAAGCGGAAAGGAGAAGGAGAUUCUUGGGUGGAAGAAGAGAGGUCAUUUUUCGUGAAUCAACGGAUUGAAAAAGAACGUCCAACAUUCAAGAGGUAUUCUGGAGAGUUUAAUUUUGAGGCUGAACUUGAGGGCUCGGAACCUGACUAUUUGACAUCAGUGCUAAAGGACUUGUAUGAGAAACGAACGGGGUCUGUCUUGUCCAGGCUAAGGCUUGACACACGUGGGAACGAAAUUCCCAAUGGAUUUACAAAGAACGUUGCGUUUUCAAAGAUGUACUCAAAAAACCUUUCUGAAGAAGUGACGAGAAGGGAUGUUUGCAAAUACUUGCUGGAUGAAGGUGAGGAUAGUGGUCCUGUUAUAAGUGGUCAAACAUCUUCGCUGGACGGAAGAGUUUUCAAUAUCAACAGUUUUCCGAAAGGUCUUGCUGACUCCUACACCAUGAGUAAAAGUACCGAAGAUUUACCUGUUGCUGCAAAUGGUAUUUCUUCCAAGUCUUGGGGGAAGUGUGUCUCCGAACGUGGGAUUUUUAACGGGACAGCGCUUGGGAAUUCGACAGUGCCAACGUUAACAAGAAGCGACCGUCUUCAUUUACGAAAUCGUAUGCGGAACAUUCGUGAGCAGUUUGCUUCCCUGUUGCAAACUCUACAUACAAAUGAGAUGUUGGCGAGCACAGCUUUCGAAGUUUUUAACGAUCAUGCGGAUGACUUGUUAGCGGACAUUUUACCUUCUACACGGACUGAAAGCGAAGGGAGUGAUGGUGCUAGUGAGCACUCUACAAAUGAUGAUGACUUGAGAGAGUUGGCUGAAACACCUGUCUCAGUAUCUCUUCCACCGUCUCCUUAA